AUGUGGAAACAAGCUCUCAAUCGAGGUUUCAAAUAUGAUCAGCCCAAUGCUGCUGCCCGUAAGCUGAUUCUAUCGGUGCUGAGCUCGACUGCUACGAGACGUGAAGCUCGUGACUACUUGGUGAAAUAUGGUCAGAAUUCGUCUCGAGCUAACCAUUGCCUGCUGCUAAUCCGCCAUUUGCAAACCAUGGGUCGUGGAACAUUGUGGCAACUAUCCGGUGCCAUUGAGAAGCUUAGAAUGCUUGGAAUUAGACCCAUAUUUGUGAUUCCACCAUCUGGUCACGUGAUGCAAAAUGCUGAGACCUUGGAUAAAGUGCUCACUACUGCCAAUCUGCGUCCCCUUCACCUUCAAGAUGCUUUGUUCAGGGGCUCUGACGGUACUUAUAGUUCUAUUUUGUCUUCACAGGCGUCCUUGUUCGAUAGUAAAUCGCUGGACUUGAUUCCAGUGAUACAGCCGUACGUCUUCGAUGAGGCGACAGCUUCGCAGAGAUUGACUAAUGAUAUGGUUAGUUUUAUGGAGAAUAUUGUACCUAGAGGUGGUGCUCCUUACAUUGACAAAUUUUUCAUUUUAAAUAAUAUUGGUGGGAUCCCAUCCGAUGAACGGCGUAAUAAUGCUCAUGUUUUUAUCAACCUGUCCCAGGAAUACAAGACAUUGGCAUCAAGCCUUAGCGAGAAGGCAGGUUCCUUCUCUGUGAGGGAACCACAGUCACAAAAUUUACUGGAUAGACUUACUUUGCAUUUGAAAGAGGAUGAACUUAUCUCGCUGGAGAGGCAAUACAAGGAACAUCUUGAAGAUUUACAAUUGAUGAAUGCGGUUUUAUCAAGACUCUCAAACUCUUCGACGGGUCUCAUAACCACGACGAAGGCAGCCGCAUCGACUUCUGACCGGAAAAAUCCACUGCUGUACAAUUUGUUGACGGACAGAUCACUAAUAUCUUCUUCUUUGCCUCGCUUCAAGGCCAGGCCUGAGCAAUGGGACGAGGAUCAUAGUUGGUAUGAGAUGUCUAAUGAAGUGGAAGCUAAUGACUACGCCUUUAGAGAUCCGGAAUAUUCUGGAGCCGCGAAACACCAGGAGGAUAGCAUUCUUGUUACCACAGUACUCAAGAGAGGCGUGCACAUCAAGAUGUUAGAAUAUCGUACUCUAUCACAAUACAAUAGCAUAGGCUUACCAAAAAGCUUCCACAGCAAAGAAGCAACAAAAGUUUCUUAUAAUGAGGAUUCCAAGGUAAAUCUCACCAAACUUAAACGAAUACUGGAUCACAGUUUUGGUCGUGACCUUGAUCUGGAUCAUUAUUUGAACCGUAUCAAUGGAAGGAUAGCAUCCAUCAUAGUCAUUGGGGACUAUGAAGGUAUUGCUGUUCUGACUUACGAAGGUCCAUCGGAAAAUCCGUUUGUUUACCUGGAUAAAUUCGCAGUUUUACCACAUUUGAAAGGCUCGCUUGGUAUAUCAGAUAUUAUCUUCAACUUAAUGUUCAAAUCAUUCCCAAGAGAGUUGCUUUGGAGAAGCAGAAGUGACAACGUGGUCAACAAAUGGUAUUUCCAACGAAGUGCUGGUGUUCUAGAUCUAUCUAUUGCUUUAUCUGAUGAUGAUAGGAAGAAUAGUCAGUUCAAACUGUUCUACCAUGGGGAUCCGGACAGCAAUAAGGACCCUUUCCAAGAUAAAGCAAGACUGAAAGAAUACGCAACAUAUGUCAGAGACAUCGAACCCAGCUGGGCGAAGUAA